UCCAUAGACAUUAUUUUUGUUUCUGGCAUUUUACUCUGCUUUCUGUUUGUAGGUUAUGUUUUAGUCGUCAAUUGUCAAAAUUUUAUGUCUAGUUUUUCGUGGAAUUAUUUGGAUAUUUUGAAAACUUACUAGUUAUCCUUCUUUUAACGUGAUUAUCUAUCAGACUUCGGUUUGACAUUGAGAUAAUAAUAUGUGAAUACCUAUGUCGAUGCGCACUUCUCAUUACCAGAAUUACCGUCUUCAAGCUGUAGAUAAACGGUAAAUACCUACUUCAGGAUACAUGUAAUCUUACAAAUCCCACGGCGUACCAAACCAACGUCAAGAUGACUAUGAGUCAGUUGUCUGUUAUGAAACUUUACAACACAGUGGUGGAUGAUGUGAUAGCAGGAGUGCGGGAUUGCUUUUUGGACGAUGGUGUUGAUGAACAAGUGUUGCAAGAGUUGAAACAGUUGUGGAAAACAAAGUUGACGGCGAGCGGGGCUAUGGACCCACCGCGGGCGGAUUCCCCAGCGCUGCCACCGCCGCCAACCGUUUUACAAAACUUUGCUAAAGCUAACGGUAGCAACAUUAUGCCUAAAAGAGCUCAGGACAUGAUGGCACAAGGUUCCGGUCACUCGAGCGUGGAGCACAGUGCUCCCUCGUCCAACAUAGCUAAUGCUCAUCCUCAUCAAAUCCUCGACCCUAACAACAAAGUGCCUGUACAGCUAACACUACCCGCACAACCUGGAGUGCCAGGCUCACAGCCGCGUUCUUUUACAAUACAGAUCCCCGCCUCUGCUCUCAAUGGAAACAAGCUGCACCAAGUGCUAACAGGACCCAUAAUUAAUGCAACCAUAAGUUUACCACAACCUUUAGCAGCAACUCUAUUACAGCAACACAUUAACUCUGCAUUAGCAGGUCAACAGAAUGAGUUUGAUGGUGGUGGAGGUGGCCGAAGUGGUGCAGCACCAUUUUCUCUCGAUGGUGCUUUAGAUUCAUCCGACGAUGAAGGUUCAAAUAAUGGUGAUGGGUCAGAGGAUGGUGGAGGCGAUGACGACGAGGAUGAGGAGUCGGCAGAAGAGCGGGCGGAAGAGGAAGAGGAGGAAAGAGAUGAGAGUGGGGGUGCGGAGGAGGAGCCCCUCAAUUCUGGCGAUGAUGUGUCUGAUGAGGAACCUGGUGACAUGUUUGACACUGACAAUGUUGUUGUUUGUCAAUAUGACAAGAUCACACGUAGUCGUAAUAAGUGGAAGUUCUACCUAAAAGAUGGUAUAAUGAAUUUAGCUGGCAAGGAUUUUGUUUUUCAGAAAGCCAAUGGUGAUGCGGAGUGGUGAAUGUUUGUAAAUUGACUGAAUUUUGAAGGGUCUUCAUUAUGUUGGUGUUAUCGUUCUGGUUGAUAGUAUACUAAAAAAGACUACAAUAACAUUGGCUUAAGAUUUUUGAAUGUUGCCUAGCAUUUAAUACAAAAUAUUUCAUAAAAGUCUUUUUUUUUCAACUUUUAAAUUAAUGCCUAAAUUAUUAUCAAUCGAACUAUGUACAAUACAAUGUACAUAACCAUAAGAAAAUCUUAUGUAAAUCCCUUAUUACUUAUUAUGCAAAUUAGCAAAUUCCUGUGACAUCUGUGUGGAUUUAGGUUUUUUAAGUAUCUUUUUGGAAUUUCUCAUUUCUCAAAAUCCUUUAGUGUGUGUUCAUCUACAUUUUACUACUCAGAAGAAAACUAAACCCAAAGUUUCAAGUUUUUAGAUCUAAUUAAGGCUGUGCAUUUCUGUCAGUCAUUAUACUGUUUUAUAAUGUAAUGUAUUGGUUGCAUUAUAAUCUAUUAAUUAAUUGGUUUCCAAAUAAUUUAAAUAUUAUUUGUUAUAUUACCUUUUUUUUUAUUAAAGCUUACACAAUAAAAUUGAGGUAUGAAGAAAUUAAAACAAAAUGAGUUUUAUUGAAAUAAGUUAUUAUAAGUUUUUAACAAUUGGCUAGUUAUUAAUACCAUGUUUUAAUAAGAAAAAAUCUUAAGUCAAUGCUGCUAGUAAAAAUUAUAGACUGUACCUUUGGUGGUGAUGGUUUAGUAUACUGGUGAUUUUCAAGAGAGCUCAGUGAGGCGAAAAUUUUAACUAUGUAUAAGAGAUAGACCAGUUUGGUCCUAGGAACCACAUCAUAAAAAAAGAAAAUGCAUCCAGAUUUUUAGAAAUCUCAUACGCAAGUCAGGAAUCAAAUUAUCAUACCUGUACUAUUUCUUUAACAAAAAUUGUAAGCGAUUUUUUACUGUGGUAGUCGAUAGUAUGUUGUAGGAAAUAAAUGUUGUAAAGAAAUAUAGUCUCUAGAAUAAACAAAAGAAGCUCGGUUUUCGAUAUCUGUAUUAGAAUAAGUGCAGGUUUGAUUUCUUACUUUCGCAUGAGAUAUUUUAAAAAUCUGAAAGCAGUAUUUAUUUUCUUUAAAAUGGAUGACAUGGAUUCUAGGAUUGAAUAACUCUUUUAAAUUCUCUCACUGACACUCUAAAAAGCAGCCUGUAUUAUUAUAUAAUAAAACCACCACCUGUGUGAAUUUUGUAUAUGUGAUGACUGAUGAGUGAGUUUCUUGAUUAGCUUCACUAUGUGUAUUAUUGAAUAACUUCAAAUUGCAAAAAUGGUUAAAUAAUAUACUAUUUAUAUGUAUAACCCAAUCUGUUCAACUUUUAAAAGAUCUAUAUACAUUUAUAAUAUGCCACCUAAUGUAGGGUUACCAUACUUUCCCGAGAUCCUUUUUAGACACUUUGGGGAAGGGAAAUGUUCAUAGGUGAAAUAAAACAAAAACUGAUGCACAAUUUGUAAAAUACAUAUUAUUUAUUAAUUAUUUAUAAUUUAUUAUUAAUCUUUUAAUGGGAUACAAAUAAUAAUUAAACUUUUCUAUAUUAUUAUUUUUGUGAUGAUUUCAUUGUCGAUUGUGUUUUAUGAAUUCAUGAAAUUCUUCACAACUAAUAUACUUUAGUUGGAUUGUAAAUUCAUAUUUGUUGGGAUAUUUUAUAGCUCAUCCGGAUAUUAAUGUUGAUAACAAUCUAUCUUGAUCUAUUGGGACGAAUGGCAACCCUAAAACUGAUCUAACCCAACCUAAUGCUUUUUAGACCAGACAAAAACACUACAAACAUCCAAUGUAAUUGAUAACUUGUAUACAUUGUGUAUAGAAGAGAAUAGGUAAUGUACCAUUUAUUUGUUUAUUUUAUUUUCAGGUUAAUUAAAACCUCAAAAUCUCAAUGGUUACUUGUAGGUUUGCACCUAUGUUUUGUUUGUUUUAUUGUAUAUAUAGAGUUCCAUACCUCAAAAGGAAAAAGGAACAGUUAAAGGAUCACUUCUCUGUCUGUCUGUGUGUUGUGUCUGUCAAGGCAUGUACAAGGAAUCCUAAUCUAUAGAGUACCGUUGACUUGGAACAAUCUUUGGCAGGUAGCAAGGUCUUACAGCACAAGUAAAGGAAAAAAUAAAUUUGUGGUCACAUCCCAAAAUAAAAAAGUGUUAUUCCUCGUUGGAUGGUAUGGAACCCUUCGUGUGUGAGUCCGACUUGCACUUAGAUAUCAAACCUUUUUAAAUGUUAUAAAUUUUUAGUGAUUUUGUAUGAAACUUUUACCAAUAUUGAUGACAUAUAUAUAUUUGUAAAUAUAAAAAUGAAAGCUUACCUGACUUUAUCCUGAUAAAUGUAUUUAUACCUACCUAACUUUCAAACUUGUCCUGUCCUUGUUAAGUUCUUUCUGAAAAUUGUAUCACAAUGUUAAUUUCAUUUCAGUUAGGUACAAUGGUACCUACUAUGAAUCAAUUUUACGCAGUAAACUAUUGUAGUUGUAGCGUUUUUAUUUACAAAAUGAUUUCUGUUGAAAUGUAACAUCUUGAAAUAUAAUUUUUGAGGUAAGAACUACACACUUGUUGUUUAAAAAUCUGUUUUAUUGUGCAUUAUGUGCCAAAAAUGUGCACAGUAUUAAUGAUUCAUUUUAUUUGUAUAACAAAAUGUGUCGAUUUUAUGCCAGAUUGUAAUAAAAUAUAUACCUAUAUUUUUGCAUUUUCUAUAAAAAAUUUGUACUGCUUAGUGAAGCUAUGAAUAUAUAUUAUAUAGAUGUAUAAAGCAUAUUAAAGGUGGGCAACCAUUUUGAGAUAAAAUUUAAGUAAUUAUGUAAUUUACUUAGUUAAUAAUAAUAAUUAAUAGUUUUGCGGAUUCAGAUGGUAAAUUGAAUGAGGAUAUAAAAAUAAGCAUUUUAUUCUCUCAAAUUACCUAAUCAUCACGGCUAAUAAUAAUAAUUGUUGUGUACACUCUCUAAACUAAACUAAAAUAAAAUGAUAGGUCUAAAUAAUAUAUCCUUUUCAUAAUGUUUCGUGCGGAAAAGGAUAGCACUAAAUUUAGGUGUCAAUUUAGUUUAGAGAUUGUGUCCAAUAAACGCCAAAUGUUUUUAUUUUCAGUUUUAAAUUAUUUCGUAUCCUUAUUCCUUAUACCAAAAAAGAAAUUGAUUUUAAAAUUUAGUACCUACCUAUCUAUCAUUUAAUUCAAUAAGUUAAAAAAGUUGUGUGUGUGUAUAGAAAUAAUGUCAUAUUAUGUAAGAUACCCACUUAUAAUUAUAAAAAAAAAAAAUUCUUAAUAACCUUUUUUUCACCCUUAAGUGCACAAAUCUUUUUAUUUCAAUGUUUUUCCAUACCUACCUUCAUUAAAUACUUAGUUAAAAUUUGUGAUAUGAAUUUUAGUUUAAAAAAAAUACCAAUACUUAGGUAUCUGUACUGGACAGUAGUAGCCACCACAUUGUAUUGUAAAACAAAUCAAAUCUUACAUUUUAGUUGCUACCUAGUAUCUACUAUCUACUAGUUACUCAAUUAUUAUUAGUUUCUUUAGGAUUUGUUAAAACCCCUAUGUGAUGUUGAUGAAGAAGGUUUAAGUACCUAAUAAUAAAAUAAUAUGUUGGAUUA